UUGUUUGUUGUAUUAUAUUUAAAAAGUAUUAUAAUUAUUAUUAUUCCUUGCCAGCAUCUGCAUGCAAGAACAAGUAGCAUUGAAUUCAAUUCAAAGUUUAGUCCCGGCAAAAUGAAAGCAGUUUGGGAUUUCGACCGGGAAACCCUAGAGAGUUUCAGCAACCCUUUGGAAUCAGUCUGAUCCGAUCCAUCCUCAAAAACCCUAGAAAAGGAUCAGGGCAUAGCUACGCACGACCCGCUUCCUUCUCCUCCGCCCCUGUUCUUGAAUUCUCAUCUGUAAACACGGGACGAUUUCGGAGGAGGAAUUUGAAAUUCAAAAACUGGGUGUCUAAGGAGAUUUUAGUUCAACAAUGGCAGGCAAUAAGGACGGGGACGAGAGGGUUAUAGCCGCUGCCCAGCAGAUUCUCAAGAGCUUAGGAACGUCAAAGAACGUUAAGGAAGAUAUGAUUUUGAUCCUGUCCAACUUCGAUAACCGCUUAUCUGCCGUCACGGAUUUGCUUUCUGGCGGGUCAGUCGAAGAGCGGUUGGCGGCGGCGGAGGAGGUCGUUCUGGGUUGGAGCUCCGAUCCGAACUCUCCCGGCGAUUCCACUGCGUACCUUUCGGCGGUGGACGAGAUUCUCAAGCUGAUGGAGGAUUUAUCGGUGGACGGCGAAUUCACCGAUCGAGCCGAGAAUGUGCUGCAUUUGGCGUUGUCGAAGCUGGAGGAUGAGUUUCGGCACGCUCUUGUGCGGAACACUGUUCCGUUGGACGCCGAGACGAUUUGUGCAUCGGUUCAAUCGCAGAGGUUUUCUCUUUCUUUCCAUUCCAAUGAUUGCGUGAUUGAGGAUUCUGAAGAUGAAGAAGGGGCAAGCUGCGACGGUGACGAGAGAGGGGGAAAUUUAGGGGAUUUGGCGGUUGAUCUGAUCAAACCGGACGUCAUUGAUGAUGUCAGGGAUAUAGCUGAGAGGAUGAUAAGAGCAGGUUAUGAGAAGGAGUGCUCUCAGGUUUAUACUAGUGUUCGUGGUGAUGUUUUAGACAAGUGUUUAUUGGUUCUUGGGGUAGAGAAGUUGAGCAUUGAGGAAGUGCAGAAGAUUGGGUGGAAGACUUUGGAUGAGAAGAUGAAGAAGUGGAGUACUGCCGUUAAGGUUGUAAUUAGGGUUUUGUUGUCAGCAGAGAAACGGCUCUGCAAUCGAAUCUUUGUUGGGUCGGAAAUGAUUGGGGAUUCUUGCUUUAGUGAGAUUUCAAAGGGCUGUGUGAUGCAGAUUGUGACUUUUGCUGAGGCAAUUGCAGUUGGGCAGCGAUCUUCGGAAAGGCUAUUUAGGAUACUUGACAUGUAUGAUGCGCUAGCAGAUGUGUUGCCAGAUUUGCAGGCCUUGUUUUUGGAUGAUUCGGGGAGAUAUGUUUGUGAGGAUGUUCAAGGAGUACUGUAUCUGCUAGGAGAGGUGGCAAAAGGGACUGUAUUGGAGUUUGAAAAUGUGGUUCAGAGAGAGACAUCUAGGAAACCAAUACAGGGAGGUGAAAUUCACCCACUUACUCGAUAUGUGAUGAAUUAUGUCAAGUUGCUUGUAGAUUAUACUGAUUCCCUGAAUUUGCUUUUGGCAAAUGAUGUGGGUGAUUCAAAUGGUUUACAAGUUGGUCAUAAUGAUGAUGAUUGUAAUGACAAUGACAAUAAUUUGCAUACAAGUGAUGGAUCUCCAUUGGCACGAUGCUUAGUGUCAAUAAUGGCGUCCCUGGAAUCAAACCUAGAAGAUAAAUCGAAACUCUAUGAGGAUAAGGCAAUGCAGUGUAUCUUCCUGAUGAAUAAUAUACUUUACAUAGUUCAGAAAGUAAAAGAUUCUGAGCUUGGCAAGUUUUUGGGGGACCACUGGAUUCGCAAGCGCCGGGGCCAGAUUCGUCAGUAUGCCACAACUUAUCUCCGGGCUUCUUGGACCAAAGUCUUGUCUUGUUUGAAGGACGAAGGGAUUUGGGGUGGUGGGAGCUCAUCCAAUGUCUCCAAGGCGGCUCUCAAGGAAAGGUUUAAGAAUUUCAACUUGAGUUUUGAAGAGAUCUACAGAAACCAAACAGCUUGGAAGGUCCCAGAUCCUCAGCUUCGAGAAGAGCUUCGAAUUUCUAUAUCAGAGAGGGUUAUACCAGCAUACCGUUCAUUUUUGGGGAGAUUCCGGGGUCCCAUAGAGAAUGGAAGACAUCCCGGAAAAUACAUAAAGUACACAACUGAAGAUCUAGAAAACUUUGUAUUGGACUUAUUUGAAGGGAAUUCUGGUGUUGCACACUAUCUAAGGAAAAAACUAAGUGGCUAGUGAACAGAAUUCUUUUUUAACAGGUAAGCUCCUUGCUCUUAUCGAUAGAGGCGUUGUUGUUCCAUAUGCAUUCAUGUUGAUGUAGUAUUUGUAUUUACAUCAAGAUUUCCAAUAGCUUAAAUUUAUGUGAAAAGGGGGGAUUUCCAGUAGCCCAGCCCUGCUUUUCCUAUUUUAUAAAGUGGAAUGAUGUAGAUGCUGCACAAA